AGUUCCGGUAUCAAUCGAAAGUGAAAAUACGUGUUGAUAUUACAGACUGCAGAUAAUUUCUCUUUUUUCUCAGUUUUAUUCAUAAGAAAUGAAAAUACCCGACGGGUGGUCAAAAUAUAAAUCUAUUGGCAAUGUUAUUGAAGGAACCCGCUUCAUAGCUUUUAAAGUACCAUUAAAAGAGAAUUGUGUGAAACAGAAUCUACCCCCAAAAGAAUGGUUUACUCCCAAAAGUCUAUUAUCAGAGGUGAAGGAUGGAGGAAGAGAACUUGGUCUUAUCAUAGAUUUAACAAAUACAACUAAAUAUUAUGAUAAAAAUGAAUUUUUAAAUGUGUCUGUGGAAUAUGCGAAGAUAUUUACAGCAGGUCAUGUUGUUCCAAGUAUAGAUGUUUGUGAGAAAUUUAAACAAGUUGUAAAUGACUUCUUGAGCUCAAAUUCCGAAAAUGAACUGUUAAUAGGAGUUCAUUGUACACAUGGUUUAAACAGAACUGGUUAUCUAGUAUGCAGGUACAUGAUCGAUCACCUUAGUUUUGAGCCUGAUGUAGCUAUUAAAGCAUUUAAUACAGCUAGAGGUCACGAUAUAGAACGAGAAAACUAUUUAAAAGAUUUACGAUCUGAUGGGUCUGUCAGUCAUGCCGAAAGUUUAGGAAGAAGUGAUGAAGAAGAAAGAUUAGGAUUAGAAAAUCAGACAGCAUCCAGUUCUAGUGCAAAUGGACAUAAUCACUUUAGCACAAAUAGAAAAAAUGGACAGAGAUAUUCUAGGGAAAGGGAAUUUGAGAAAAGGCAAAAUAAUGGAUAUCAGGCCAGGUCCAGAAAAUGUGACUUUUAUAAUCCAGAGGAUCGGUCUAAUAAUUCAAAUAAUUGGAGAUCAGUUGAUCACAGGAGUCAGUAUGUAAGUCGUGGCAGGGAAAGGAACUAUGAAAGUGUUAGACCCAGUUGGAGAUCAGGUGAUCACAGAAAUCAGCCUUAUUCUCUGAACAGUAGACAGAGUGCUUUAUCACAUUAUGACUCAUUUCAAAGUUCAAGACAAUAUCAGGAUGCUGGAUGGUCAUCUAAUAGAUCAGAUUCCAGAGAUUUCCAAUCCUCCUAUCCAUCUUACGGUCGAAAGUCAUACAGAGGAAAUCAGUCAUCUAAUGACUAUAAUAAUCCCUCUAAAUCGAUAUAUCAUAGACACUGAUGUUUUAAAUUUUUAGUGAAUGGACUGUUGCAGAAUAUCUCUUGAAUUUCUAUCCAUAUCCAAACUACCUAGUGCCGUUGAUUAUUUCUACCAGUUCUGUUGUCAUUUUUAUGUUAAAAUCUAUAUAAGCGUAUGAACGAAUCCAAUUGGCUCUACCUCUACACUCUAAGUAACUUUCUGUGAACCACACAAAUCAUAUCCUCCUAACAAAUACUGCAUGCUUAUUUUGAUAGAAAAUAUAGCAAAGAAAUUUAUAAUUUCAUGAUCUAACAGAUAUGCAGCUUUCAAAUAUGAAAAUGUGUAUAUAAAAUAUUAAAGACAUAAGGUAAAAUAAAAUAGAAUGCAUUUGAAAACAAAACGACUUUUUGGGGUGUAAGAUAAAUUAAAAUAAAGGUAAAACUAGUAUGCAGUCUGGGCAAAUGGUUGUGCUCAGGAGUAGCAACUCCAGAUAGUGUACACUUCUGCUGUCUGUAUUAUGUCAUACAAUUCUUUUAUUAGCCAAAAUGAUGGCGUAAUUAAUUUACCCUAUUUACAGAUUUUAAAAUAUUGUGAAUUUGAUCUAAGGCUCUACAUUCUAAAGUUUAAUUAUCUGUACACAGUGUUAAAUAAAUGACAUACAUGUAAAGA